AUCGUAGCAACACACCUUUGGAGUGAAGGCAAUACCGCGCUGUGUUAGCUAAAUUUUCAUGUCUUCGGGUGUAUAGUUCGUAAAGGUUGAAGUGUGUAUGUUAGGAUGGAAACGUUAGAAUAAUUAAGGAUGAACCGUGAAUUCAUGCCAGGAAUAAUAAGUGUGAAGUUUGAUUUCCUCCCUUCUGUAAUAAGCAGCCAAUGAGGGGCUCUCCAAACCAGACCUGUGACAGUGGUGUAUCCAUGGACCUCUUCUUACACUAUUCUCUCAUUCCGUCGUUCGUCAUCAUGGUUGUGCUGUCGGCCCUGCAGAGGAGAUCCAGACACCUGCCCAUUGAUGAGAAGCUCCCCUUUCUCAACAACCGCUUUGGCAUUGUUGUGCCUCUGGACCUCAUGGAGAACCUCAGUAACAGAUGGUCCUAUGGGUUUGCCUUCGGAGCUGUAUCGUCCAGUGUCUUGCUUCUUUUCUCAGAGCAUUACAUGACCUUCAACGUUCCACCCUGGGCCAAAGCUUUUGUGUACCUUGUGGGUGCUCUCGAGGUGGGCCUGGCCUAUUUCCCUUUCUUUGCGUGUCUGUCAACCCCUUGCCGAGAGUUUGGGGCUGUUCUGGGAAUCCUCUACUCUUUGACAUGGAUAAUCAUCACGCUGUGGGACACAGUGAUGUGUCCCACUGGUAAGAUACUGGGUAGUCACCAGAAGCUUGUCUACCAGUGGCCGGCCAUUUUGUCUCUCGUAUUCCUACUGGGGCGGUUCACAUACAUGCUGGUCAAAGCUGUUCGGAUUCGACUCCAGCUUGAAACUGAGAUGAACGUGGUACCUUCAGGCUUUUGGAAAUUGCUCCCAAGGAAGAACCAGACUUGCGGAGGUCUACCAUUUUUUGUGAGGUCUUGGCUGAUUUCUUUAGAUUUUCCCAUGAUUUCAAGCAAAGAGGCACUGAGUUUGAAGGACCAAGACCAGCUAAUCCAGUGUCACCAGGCCAAGCAUGUACAGAGGUUGUUGAGGAGGAUCCCUAUUGAACAGAAACUGGAGGCCAGUUGGUUCCAGAGGAGGGUCUAUGACUGGGACCCCCACUUCAAGUUCCCUAACAGAAUGAUCGGCACAUCCAUCAUAUCCCUGAUUGGCUUAUACACGAUGACUUUGGCUGACUAUAGUCUCAGUGACUAUGCGUUUGAUAAAUUGGAUGUUCUGAAAGACCAACUGAAGAAGCUGGCUUUUUCCUGCAAUGAAACAGAGAUAUUUGUAGAUAUGAUCCCCCAAUUUGAGGAAUUCGCUCACGUUGCCAGAAAGUGCUGGCUAGCCACAACCAUCUUUGCCAGCCUAACGUCUGUGUCAUACACAUUCCAUGUGUUAGCAUGCUACCGGAAACAUCUGAAGAGAUUGUGGGCGGGGGAGAAGGCCUUUCUUCCUGAGAAAUUCCAUAAUCCCAAUUCUGCAGUCAGUGUGGCUGCCAUCACAAGAUACUCCGGAUGGCAAAUAGCAUUUACUUUGUGGGGUUUUCUAAUUGUUCACUUUGUCCAGUUCGUCUUUGCGUUGCUCUUUACCUACGGAGUGGUCCUCCCCAUCCAAAAUGGAAGAGUGUUGGAAAUGUUGACCAACAUGGGAACCAUUCUUUUGACCAUAGGUAUCGUUAUAGGAUUGGUUAUACUACAGGUGGUGCUGGUCCAAGUGUUCUUCCUUCAGGACAAGAUCUCACCGUCAGACAGGAAGAAACCUCUGGCACUCAACAACAGGAAGGCGUUCCACAACUUCAACUACUUCUUCUUCUUCUACAACGUUGUGAUGGGCCUGAGUAACUGCAUCCUGCGUCUGCUAACCAGCUGCGUGGUGGGCACCUGGCUGGUGUCACGCAUCGACCGUACCAUCAUGCCGAAGGGAUACGAGUCCAUGGACCCUGGUUACAGUACUUGGAUCGGGAUGAUUUUUGCAGACCACUACCACAACAAUCCUGUCAUGGUGUGUUUCUGCCAUCUUCUCCUGUCCAACACCAUGGCGAAACAACAGAGGACCACAGAGGCAGCAUCCUACUCCACGUUCAACAACACAUCUUCGCCAGAUUCAGCCCGUGGAAGCAGGGCCAGGCGGCGAUGGAUGCUCCUCUACACCCUGAUGAAGAACCCACGACUGAUCCUCCUGAGGAAGAACAGGACCUCGUCCAGUCCCACUCACCACCAGGACACUGUGGUCCAAGCCUGGCUGCUGGCCUCUCAGACCGAACAGAUGGGACAGGCACCAGAGAUGACGGCCACAGCCGCUACAGUUACGUCAGAUCAGACGAUGACCAAUGGGCAGGCAUUAACUGACUGAUUCUGCUCAGGGUUUAUACACGCGCGGCCUGAAAUAGUGUAGUACAAUACUGUGAUGUAACAUUUAGUAGACCUACAGACAUUCCGAGGACACGUUUUGGCUCAUGAGUGCUACACUUGAUACUACAGGCCAAUUAUUCUGUAGGCCAAGCUCUUACAAUGUAUUGUAUUGUAUGUGAUGAAUAAUAUGAUUAAUGUAUUGUAAAUUCAGGAAAUAGCUACAUAAUUACUCCUACUGUGAAAGAUGACAGGACAAAUGGACACAGUUAUGCUUUUUACCUCAUAAUGGCCCGUUUGUUUUUAGUAGGCCACAUAGCCACGGGAAGUAGAGGUGCUGAGGGCGCUGCAGCACUCCCUGAAAAAUCAUCAUUAAAAAAAUAUACAGUACCAGUCAAAAGUUUAGACACACCUACUCAUUCAAGAGUUUUUCUUUAUUUGUACUAUUUUUCUACAUUGUAGAAUAAUAGUGUAACCCUUGAAUGAGUAGGUGUAUCAAAAACUGGUAUUGUAUAUACAUUUUAAAAUAUGUUUAUUCUUAAAGAUGUUUUUUUUUUCUUCUCAUAAAAAUAGUGCACUGAGCCUUUACUACUAUUAGCAGAACAAUAUAGAUGUCUGUAGCUCAAGCAACAAAAUAAUUCAGCAUCUCUGCUCUGGCAAAAAAGCUAGUUGUAUAAUUAAGAACAGUAUUUUGCAGGAUUAAAUUGUCGGAAUUGAA